CUCAUAGAUGGCCUUGCAUCAGAUAUGCAUAAACACUGUAAUUAUUACUCAUCUAGUAUCAAAUGAGUUCAGUUAUCGUUAUCUUGAAGAUAUGUCUGUAUCCUCACUUCAUAAAGCUAAGGAACUAUUGCGGUACGUUUGAAGUUUGCGUUACGAUCACACGGUAUUUAUUACAAAGUCCUUAUAUAUCGUUAAACCACAGUUUAAAAGUCAAUAAUAACAUUCCGUUAACCCUUGAAGAAAAAUGGUUCGACUGACACAAAAACGAGCUUGAAAAAGUACUAUUUCUUCAGAUAUUAACAACUCUGGUCUUACCUAUACCGGCGGGACUAACGAACAUGGACGACCUUUGAACGAAUCUUAAAUGACCCUGAGAAAUACUAGUCAAUUAGUCUCGCCGAAAUAAAACAGCUAUUCAUAAGAGUGUAAAUCGCUAAUCAACUGUAGUUUUGUACGCUGAGCUUUGGAUCAUACUUUAUUCGAGGGCUAAUAUUACCACUCGAUUAACUUAAACAGAAUAAUUGAAGCAGAAAUUGAGCUGAUAGAAUGAUGGAAAAUCAGUCGGGUUAGUCACUUACCACGCUCAUCGUCCUGAGACUACAUUUUAAAAGAGGACAUUAGCUUUUCACAUGUUCCAAAUAUCCAUCACUAGUUAUCGUAUAUGAUGUGAAUGUAACAUCGCGCUUGUAAGACCACGUGCAUGAAUACUUCAAACUAUUUAGGUUUUAAGCGGAUAUAAUUGUAGUAUUGUUUCAUCUGCACUUAUUCUGGCUUUUAGAAUUGCUUUAUACUAACAUGCCUCUCCCACCAGCCCUUCUUGCUCGACUUAAAAAACGUGGUAUUGUUUCCGCCGAUCCACAGGAAGAAGCUGUGGAGGAAGUUUUUGCUGAGAAUUAUGAUGAAGAAAGUGAACCAGUGUUACCAGUAUCCUUUGAUCAACCGUUUAACGCUAAGAAAUGUUACACGGUCAGUCCUGUUCCUAUUAUCGAGAAUGGGGUUUUAAUCCAUGAAUGUGCUGAGUGCCCUAAUCAAACUAAUCCGUAUCAUGUUUGUUCACCCUAUUGUUAUGAACGAUAUGGGCGAAGAAAGUUCAACACUGAUCUAACAAACAUUCGUUUAAAAAGCAGAAUGCUACGUCGUUAUCCACUCCCAAGCCAUUGGAUUGAAGUUGGUGAUCCAGUGACUGGAAGAUUUUACUACUGGAAUACUAAAACAGAUGAUGUAUGCUGGUUGUCUCCGUUACAUCCACGUGCUAAAAUUAGUCAACCUGGUAGCAUUGUUCGGGCCAAUACGUUACGUGAACGUGACGCAGCUCGAGCUGCAGCUGAAGCUGCUACUGCUGCAGUUUUAGCUGCCGAACGAAAAGAUUCACGACGUAGAUCUAGUGAUUCCGGUAGUAAUCGAUCAGGCAGCGAAAGUGAAGAUAACGACUCUGAUGAAAUGAAAGAAUCUAAACGAUCUAGACGUGAAACAUCCAGAUCUCCAGAACAUGAUACUAAUAGAGCGCUGUUUAGACGAAAUAAUUCAUCUCGCUGGCAGGAUGCUGAAUCAGAAAAUAAUCAUCAUCGAAGCGUAUCUAAUUAUAACGAUUUCAACGAAUCGACUAACGAACAUGAAGCUGUAACACAAAAGCUAUCUGAUACAGCUAAUUUUAACGAGUACAAUCAAUUAGGGGAUGAGUUUGAUGAAGAUGAAGAAUCACCCGAUGGAAUUCCUUUGACUGAAAACUAUUAUAACAAUAGUCAUAAUCAAAAUAUUGAAGUGGAAUCUAACUUACAAAACUCUAGAGAUGAGCAUCCACCACCUCCCACAUUUCCUCCUCCUCCCCCACCACCGCCAGCUCAUUUAGUCUAUCCUCCAACCCAAUGGAACCGACCACCUGAAUCGUCUUCAUUAUUUCCAUCGCAAGUCAAAAAUCACACUGAUGAUCAAACUAGUGGUACUACUACACGCGGUUGGAAUCGACCAACAGAGACAUCUGAUAAUAAUCGUUUUAGAUAUAGAGAUAGGGAUAGAAAACGUCGCGCAGCAACUCUUGGACCUUUAGACCCAAUGGAUCCAGCGUCUUAUGGUGACAUACCACGUGGAACAUGGAGUUCAGGUUUAGAAGGAGUUACUGGAACACCAUCGGCUAAGACAGGUGUAGACAGCACUGCAUCGGGACCAUUAUUUCAACAACGUCCAUACCCUAACCCUGGUGAUGUUUUACGUGCAAAUGCUGCGGCUAAAGUCCAUGAAGAGGAAAAACAAGAUGAAUCUAAUAAUUAAAGUUUUACUUCUGAAGUUAUUCUGUACACUCGUUUUCUUUUCAAUAGAAUGUCAAUUAAUUUAAAAAACCACUAAAUAGUUUGAUGACUUCGCAAGAUACUUUCUCCAUCGGUGGAGUAAGAAAAAUUCAUAGUUAAAUAGUUAUUCAUGUGCGAAAAAUAUCAGAAAGAACAAUUGUUUCUGAUGACUUCAUCAUGCUUCAGUUAUUAACUUCAGAUAUAUUGUUAUUAUUUACGCUUGUUACCCCUCGUAAAGAAACAUAGACCACCCACUAGCAUCCACCAUUGAACUCUGUUUUGGACAAUCCUUUCCAGUUGCUAU